UCCUAGCCAACUUCUCUCUAUGGUCUAGUGAGGUCAUAGCUGUGCGUCGGGAACGCGCAGAUGCGACGUCUGGAGCUAGAAUCAUGGCGGCGGUGGAUAUACGAGAUAACCUCCUUGGAAUUUCCUGGGUGGAUAGCUCCUGGAUCCCAAUAUUAAACAGUGGGAGCGUGUUGGAUUAUUUCUCAGAGCGUAGUAACCCAUUCUAUGAUCGAACAUGCAACAAUGAAAUGGUCAAAAUGCAAAGACUUACCUUGGACCACUUGAAUCAAAUGGUUGGAGUGGAGUAUAUCCUCUUGCAUGCACAAGAGCCAAUUCUCUUCAUCAUUCGCAAGCAGCAAAGACAGAGUCCAACACAAGUUAUUCCACUAGCCGAUUAUUACAUUAUUGCUGGAGUAAUUUACCAGGCACCUGACUUGGGGUCAGUUGUAAAUUCUAGAGUGCUCACAGCAGUACAUGGAAUCCAGUCAGCUUUUGAAGAAGCCAUGUCCUACUGCCGUUAUCACCCUUCGAAAGGCUAUUGGUGGCAUUUCAAAGACCAAGAGGAACGAGACAAAGCUAAACCCAAAGCCAAGAAGAAGGAAGAGCCAAGCUCCAUUUUCCAGAGGCAACGUGUAGAUGCAUUACUUCUAGAUCUGAGGCAAAAAUUUCCUACAAAGUUUGUGCAGCAAAAGCCUGGAGAAAAACCCAUUCCAGUGGAUCAGAUCAAGAAGGAGCCAGAGCCAGCCCCUGAAGCUAUAAAACAAGAGGAGAAGGAGACUGCCAAGAUCACCCAACAGAGCACAAGUACUAAAGGGCCACCGGAGAAACGGAUGAGACUACAAUGACAGAAGGGAAGAUUAUAUUCUUAACUAGCAUAGAAAGGGAUGAAAAGUUGUUUGCUAUCUGAAAACUGUAUGGUGGACUAUGACUUCCAAGGCUCUUUUUCUUUGAAUUGUUUGCAAACUUGUUAGCUGCAAUCUUCAGCUACAUGCAGGAAGGCAUAGCUUGGCCUUUCCCCUAUUUUAAUGUUCAAGGCUGAAUUUCAUACUGCGUACCUUAACGCUUCUCCUCCCCCUCCCCAUUUUCUUCCAUUCUUUUUUAUCAGUCUUUGGCUAAAAGCCUAUUGUUCUCUUUUUCAAAGCUUAGACCUUAAAAAUAAUGCUUCUGGAAAGAAAACCUUCAGGGGGGGAAACCAACCCAAAACUAGUUCAUUCUUUGAUCAGUAGCUUCUUUUUUAAUUCUCAUUCUCACGUGUGCUAUUGGAGCAGGAAUAUAAAAUAUAAUGUGGUGGGGAUAUGUAAAAAAAAUGAGCAGGCUACACUUUUGGCUUUGAAGAAAGAUGUCUGCUAUAGAUGAAAAGGUUGUUUAAAACUGCUUUAUAGAAUCCAUAUAAUUUGAAAUGAAAUAUAGCCUGAAGUUUCAAAUUCUCCUUUAUAUUUCGCUCUCAACAUAUGACUUAAUUGGAACAUCCAGUCUCCUUUUCAAAGAUAAUAAGGUUAUACGUCCACAAUGACAAAUAUAUAAAAAGCUUUGACUUCAUUAAUUUUCAUAACAGUACAGUAUAAUGUGUACAUAAAGUUCUGAACGUGUAUUUUCAUUUUCUUCCCUACUUUGCCCCCAUAUUGCUUGAUUUAGUUGGGGUAGAGGAGAAGCUACAUCUUGUCCACAUAAUGAAAUUAUCACAUUACUUUGGCCUUCUGUGAUUUUGCCUAUUUCUUAUGGUUAACCUUGGACAAUAUAUAUAAGGCAUGGAAGAAGAUUUUUAAAAUUUAUGUGUGUCUAAAUACUGGAGAAUGAUGGUCAAUAACUAUUGGUUCAAUUCAGUGUGGUUACCAUAAAGUUCCAUGGGCUUGAUCCUUCUCUAUUUAUCGCUAAUCUUUUCUUGAAAUACAGGGAGAGGCAUUGUGUAUGUAUAGAAUGUAUAAUGGUGUGGUUUACACCCUAAAGCUUUCAGUAGCAUUAGCUAAGUAUAUCUUAUUUAGCUCUGGUCCCUGGUAACCUGGAGGGAAAAAAACCUGUAAGCUAUCUGCCAUAAUUUAAUAUUGUUGUACUUUAUAUUUUUGUACUAUCCAGAGAUUUUUCCACUUUUGAAUUUCUUUAUAACUAAAGAAAUACUAGUGUGGCUAAACUGUAGUGAUAGCUACCAGCACUGAAGAAAUUUGCUUUAUAUGGUACUUGUAGUUUGUAAUAUUACCUGGUUUGGUUAGGGAAGAGAGGUAAGAAUACUCCUUUUUAGAUAAAUAUAUUUCUGAUCUGUCGUCUAUUUGGAUGUUCAUGUUUGUUUUUCACCUUUUACUCUACAUACAGGAUUUUUUGGCAGCUUGUGUUUUUUCCUCUCAUUAUUCAGUUUCUGUUCUAUAUCAACGCAAUAUGUUUUAAGUAUUUUAUAUAAGCUGUCCACUUCCAAACAAUAAAGUUAUUAUAGAGGUUGAAAAAUGUAUUUGAACUUGGAUUUGUCUUUACUACAAAUGACAAGAUAAUAAGAAAUCACUGUAAUGGAUUGUUCUGUACUCCCCUUUUUUCCCCUACAUUAUCAUGAAGCAUUUCCCCCCAAAUUAUUUACACGAAAUUUGAAAAAAAAUCUUUUCAUUCUUAUCUCUGACAUUUUAGAGCACCACAUCAUUUCAGAGCUGAACUAGAAAAUCUUCAGCUUGUUCUAGUAUUCAUAUGCAAGUUCAGUGUUGUAAAGUGGCACUGAGAUGACAUAUUUUGCACUUUCAGAAAUAUAUAUUACAAUCACUCUUUCAUCCUUUCUUAGGCUGCAGGCCAAACACCCUUUGCACUGGGAGGUCUAUGGAUUGAGCAGGUGUCCCUCUGCCAAGCCCUGCUGGCCUCGGCCUCCAUCGCUCCUCUGGCAUGGAAUUCCCUGAGGGCUUUCUGGAGAUAAGCUAGAACCACUGAUAUCACUUGAUGGCACUGGACCCAAAUCAGGCGCAACCUAUGUGUCAGCUCCAGGCUGACCAGUUGUCUGACCGGUUGUCUCGUUAUGAACCUUCCCGUUCUUUGAGGUCCUCGGAAGAAAUACUUCUUAUGAUCCCUCCAGUCUCACAAGUUCACUUGUCAGGAACCAGAAAUAGGGCGUUCUCGGUUAUAGCUCCUAGUCUCUGGAAUGCUUUACCGAUUGAGGUUCGGUUGGCUCCUUCACUUGCGGCAUUCCGCUGUCAGGUGAAGACGUUCUUUUUUCGGGUUGCGUUUAACUAUACGUAGAAUAGGAAUUUUAAUAAAUCAUGGUAACGAGUAUAUAAUUAUUGUAUUUUUUAACUGUAUUCGAUCUAUGUAGAUUUGGUAUCUUAUUGUUUUAUUCUUUUUUAUGUACUGGUUUUAGGUUGUUCGCCGCUCUGAGUUUCUGGGGAAAAAAUAGAGCGGACUAGAAAUAUUUUAAAUAAAUAAUAAAUAAAUAAAUGUGCAAUGGGGUUGCAGAUGCAGGACCGACUCUGCCACUCCCUCACAUCCCACUGUUACCUGGCCAGAGCUUGAAUGGUCCUGUCAGAUGGGAACAGCUUCUGUGCAUUGCCAUUAAAAGAUGGAAAGAU